AGCAGUAAUCCUCUGAGCGGUGAAAACUUACAAACCUACACCUAUCGCGUUGGAGAAAAAAAAAAUUUGGUUAAGCAAAGGGUUUCCUCUGAAUAUCUGCUCUACUUCAAUUUGAUAGAUAUCAGUUCUCCCAUCACCGGUUCAGGCUCCAGGGGUAGUUCGUACACCGUCUCGGUCGAGGAACGUCGUAAUCCGCAGAAGACGAGCUUAGGACUGCUGGCCAACGGUAACACGCCAUAUGGGUGUGUCGGUCGACCGGGACAAAGGAACAUCUUGACUGGCGAAAACUGCGAGAUCUAUCUGGUCUGCCAGGAGAUGCGCAGCGAAAGGCGCCCAUUGACGGCUUCAGGAGUGGUCAAUGGGACAGUCUCCGCCACAACGAAUGGGGUCAUGUCAACCAAGGACAAAGUACGAUUGUUUACUAACACCUGGUGGGAGUAG